AUGGCGGUGUCCUUACAGCUUCCACCUAUAUUCCUCUACCUUCAAUUUCCCAUCCUUUUCUUGAAUAACGCUGUUGCGCUUGCGCUGGGACCUGAGCGCCAGUUUCUGCGUGUGUCCAUCAGCCUACCCAUACUUGUUGUGUUCGUCGCGCAGUCACUAUACCGAGAAUGGGAUGUCGGCUGGGGUUACAAGUACGGGAUGGAAACGUUUGGGAUGUGUCUGGUUUAUUUCUACAUUGGCUGGAUUCUUCUAAAGAGCCCGGACAAAGAAGGAUGGUACAAGAUCCAGUAUGGCAAAGGAAACGAACAAGAGAAAGAUAAAGAUAAGAUGACGAACGGCAAGAUGAAUGGCAAUGGUGUACCAGCGAAAAAGAGAUAUCAACACGUACCAGGAGGUGCGGGUACAACUUUCUGGAGUCGAUUGUGGUGGGCUACGCGUCUUUCUUUUACAAACAGAUAUGUUGGUUGGAGUCAACAAGUCAAGGGUGUUGUCAUGGAAGUUCCAUCCGAUUAUCCUCGUCUUCGUUUCAUUGUCGAAAAACUUAUCCACGGUUUAAUCUACUGGGCAAUCUCUGAUAUCCUCACGGCAUACUCCGCCGCCUCCCCAUACGGCACCUUUGCCGACUUGCAGAGUUCAUCCGCAAAACCGUAUCAACCCUUCGCCCCAGAUGCCCCCUUUUGGGCAGUCCGAUUCUGGUACACGUGGGUGCACAUCCUAAUCACGUGGUCCACCCUCUCAAUCUGCUUCGCACUCAACAGUAUCCUUGCAGUCGCGCUCGGCUUCGCGAACCCGCGUGAUUGUCCUUCCGGCUUCGGUCAUGUCCGCGAUCUCUGGAGCGUACGACAGGCUUGGUCUGUAGUGUGGCACCAGCAAUUACGCUUCAUUUGUAGCGCCCCAGCUAUGUGGCUCGCUCGUGAUGUGUUUGGGUUUCCAAAGGGAAGUUUCGGGUCGAGAUAUGUGCAGCUUUUCGUGACGUUUACUAAUUCGGCGAUUAUUCAUUCUGCGGCGGCGAUGCUGGUGAAUCAGGCGUGGAGCGAUGAUGGUGGGUCUGUGUUCUUUAUGAGCCAGGCGGUGAUUAUCCUUGUCGAGGAUCAUCUUAUCGCUUUGGGGAAGAAGAUGGGGUUCAGAGAUAAUUUGAUGUGGCGGAUGGUGGGCUUAGUGUGGACUGUGAUCAUGAUUGGAUGGCCGGCUGAGUAUUGGAUCCGCAGACAAAUUAGUUAUGGCAUAUGGGUACAUGAAAGAUCGCCUGAUCUGUUGGGCAUCGGGCCUAAAUAA